UUUUCGGGACGGUGGCGUCACAAAAAAUGGCUUCUCUUGACAGAGUAAAAGUGUUGGUUUUAGGAGAUUCUGGGGUGGGGAAAUCUUCCUUGGUGCACCUGUUAUGUCAGAAUCAGGUUUUAGGGAAUCCUUCGUGGACUGUGGGCUGUUCUGUGGAUGUUCGGGUUCAAGACUACAAGGAGGGAACACCAGAGGAGAAAACCUAUUACAUCGAGCUAUGGGAUGUCGGAGGGUCUGUCGGCAGUGCGAGCAGCAUUAAAAGCACCAGAGCUGUUUUUUACAAUUCAGUUAAUGGCAUUAUAUUGGUACACGAUUUGACAAACAAGAAAUCUUCCCAGAAUUUGUACCGGUGGUCGCUAGAAGCCUUGAACAAGGAUUCAUCUCCAACAGGUGUCAUCGUUUCAAACGGUGAAUAUGACAGAGAGCAGUUUGCAGAGAACUCAGUGCCGUUGCUGCUGAUUGGUACCAAGUUUGACCAGAUCCCAGAGACAAAACGCAAUGAUGUCCUCACCCGAACAGCCUUCCUAUCAGAAGACUUUAAUGCAGAGGAGAUUAACCUUGACUGCACUAACCCGAGGUACCUCGCUGCAGGCACAUCAAACGCUGUGAAGCUGAGCAGGUUUUUUGACAAGGUAAUAGAGAAAAGAUACUUCACAAGAGAUCCAAGUCAGAUGACUGGUUUCACAGACAGGAAACGGUUUAACUUCAAAAGUUUGCACUACGACUGAGAAGCCACGAGGACGAGAGCAGUGGUCUAUGGUUUUAUAGUUUUUCUGCCUGUGGGCUUUCACACUUCACAUUGAACAUGACACUUACUGACAAACGCUGCACCAUUUCUUCUUCAUGCGCAUCCUUCAUCAAUGUGUUACUGAGUCUGUGAAACCAUUAUCAGUUAGUAAAACAUGAGCUGGAAG